ACCAUGAGCCUACCACCACUGAACAAGGUUUUUGUAGAAGCAGACGACAUUAUUAUUCGCACAUGUUUGAAAUUUCCUCUUGGAUACACCGAUGUGUUUACACACGCGUUGACGCGCACGCUUAAUGUAUCAUUAUUAUCUCAUUGGUUGUUGAAGUGAGCGUGCGCGCUCACGCGCCCGGCGCGGUAUCAUGCAUAUUGUCAACAUAAAAAUGGACUAUUUUUACUUUUAAAAUUAGCUAUAAUUAAUAAUCAGAGGAGGAAGAGAAAAGCUGACUCAAAUCUUGACAGCGCUUGAAAGUACAAGAACACAAGAGUUCUUGCAGUUGAAAACCAUUCUGCAAGUGCACCAGGAAACUGCUUAGCUCAAAACCCGUUUGUGAGGAUCACUCAUCAGGACACGGGGGGAGGCUGGAUGUCCUUUUGGACAGUACAGAGUCUGUCAGGGGAGCUUUACAAACAUGAACACACUGCAUCAGAAAAGACAGAAGUUUGCUUCCGUUCUUGAGAAGGCCUGCAAACAGUCAACAUCAUCUUGUCCGUCCAGUAGAAUCUGCUCUCCUGAGAAGGAGAAUAAUAACUGGAGUUGGAGCUCUCCAUCAUCAUUGCUACCAUGGACAGAAAGCAUAUCUUCCACCCCUUUACUUGAAUCUCUUCACACAGUAAUGAGCUGGCCGGUCAGUCUCCUCAGCAAUAAUGACAUCCCACCAAGUUCACAACUAAGCCCUUGCAUUGAUGGGGAUAGUUGGCCAAACGACUCUGCUUUUUGUUGUCCCUGGAAUUCUACUAGUAUGGAUUUGGAUUUUCUUGAAGCAGACACUCCUGAAAAGAUGACAUCACAGGCAACUUCUCCUGGAGCAGAGAUCUCUCAAACGAGUAUGGAUCUACUAGACUUCCUUGAUGACCAAAAUCACACCAUCAGUCGCCUUGGAGCAUGCAUGAACAUUGAUGACCCUUUCUUUAACAGCAUCAACAACCCUGAUUUUUCACUGGUCACUGAUCCCAAGUUUGCCCCCCAACAAGAGUGGCUCAAGAAUGACACUUGGAUGAACGACGCAAUGACUUCAGACAGUGACCUUGAUGACCUCUUCAUGCAUUCAAAAUCAGCAAAGAUGACACCUAAUUAUCAAGCACGAUUAUCAACACAUCAGUCAGCUAGAUUUUACAGUGAUAUGGCUACUCAUGAUUACUUUCAUCAUGUGGCUGACAGAGUGACAAAGAAGGCACACACCAGGUCUAAAGAGUUGUCCCCUGAUGAGCUUUAUAUCAGGAAGGAGAGGAAUCGUCUCCGCAGCAAGGCGUAUCGCCUCCGUAGAAAGAUGCAAUAUGAAUCUAUGAAAAAUGAAGUCACGCAGACAAGGAAAGAGCUUCAGGCAGUUCAGGAGCAGAUCCAUAAUUUGUAUUGACACAAAUGUUUUUAAUAUUCCCAGUGAACUACAUCCUGAUCCAAGCACAUUCAACUUUAAUUUGUGGACUCAAUUGAACUAAACCCUGUCCCUCUCGCACAGUAAUUGAAAAAAUUAGUUUUAACCUCGAACAUUUGAAUUAGUUCCACAAGAUGGUUACGGGUUGGGCAGGAGUAGUGGUGGGCUAGCUGACAGUGUCGAAGUGAGAGGAAGAGGUGGGUUUAAUGAAACUCUGCUUUGUGUAGGUUUUAAGUCAUUUUCCACAGACUUUCCAAUAUUGCUUCAAAGACCAUAAACAAAUCCAACAACAAAAUUAACUUGGGAUUAUAUUUAUAUUGUUACUAAACGUUUCACUCACCGUGUACAUCUGUACAAAGACAUUGAAUGGGCAACACUAGCUUUAAAACCUUAAGUGAUAACGAUUUAUAAAAAAGACUAUUCAAUAUUAAAUUAACAUUGAACUUUUUCGUAUUUAUUCUGGUACAUACAAAUUAUAUCUUUCACAGUUCAAAAAAUGUAUAUUUGAUAGGACCAGAAGAUUACUACAUGUAUGCAAGGACAAUAUAGCAUUUUGUCGGUUAAGUGACACUUUAUAAAAUGGAAACUGUAAAAUGAGACCUAAUAAUUUUUUAGUAUGUCAGAUACAUUAGGUUUGUUUUUGUCAUUUCAAAGUUUGAAGUUUUCCAGUAGUAAAGGAAUAUUUUUUCCUCCCCAAAAAGAUUUGCUCAGCAAAUUGUUUGUCUUUAAAGGCAUGGAAAUACCUUUGUUUUUUUAACCGUUUGAUUAUAUUAAUCCCAUUUGUAGUUUUAUACAAUAAAAUUAACCUGCGAAAAUUAAAUUUCAAAAGCUGGUCAGGUUUUGAGAUAUCACCAAAACGCCAGAGAGAAUGUUGCAUGCAACUCAUUUCAUUUAAUUCGAUUAGGUUCACAUUUCGUGGCCCACAGGCCAAAUUGGAUGUUAUAUACAAUAAUUAAAUAGCAAUAAAUAGUAACAUCAAUUAAUCCCUAUAGGAACACAAAAUCUAACAAGCAUUAUCGUGAUAAUGCCUCUUCCUUGUUUUUUUAAUAACAUAUAUUCCCAUUGAAUAAUCCUUUAUUUGUUAGAUUACGCUAUGAAGUAUUGAUGACACAUUAAUAAUAACCUAUUUUCUUGGCAGAUUGAAGAGAACAUAUUUGCAUAUAUUUUCGCUAAACUUUACAAACUUAUAUUAAUAAUAAUAGCAUAGAUGAUAAAGAGCUUAGACUAGUUAUAAAAAGAUGAGUUUUAGGAAGUUUGCUAAGGAUUUACAUGUAUAUAUAAAAAUGUACUGUUUUGUGAAUAAACAAGAACAUGCAACAAAUGUUUUAACGACCCCAUGCUUUGACCCUAGCAGAGUCCUUGAGUCUUGGGCCAUAUCACAAUUUGCAGCUGCAGCUACUUUGACAGCCUAUACAAUGCUCGUUACCAAGUCAGUUUUUAAGUUAAUAUUUGUUUUGAGUAAUUACCAAACGUGUACCUUCCCUUUAAGCAAAUUUAUAUUGUUCCAGUCAAAUUUUGGAAUAAUUCCUCAGGUUGUCCGUAUGUUAGUUAGUGGGCUAGGCAGAGAUUUCAUAUUACACGCUGAAUAUUACGCCAUUCUAACUCGGUGUGUUUUGCUAUUCUAAGCUAUACACAAAAUGAACAUGCAUGUUAUAACACAGUUAUCUUGAAGCAGACUUAAAUAGUGCAGUUUUAAAUAGUGCAGUACACAAUGUAAGAACAAAACAUGUAUAUUACCAAUGGUGUGAUAUUGAUCAUGGCAACAAGAAAUGAUAUCACACUGUUGUUGCCAUGGAUCACCCAAUCAGAAUCGAGGAUUCAAGUUUGAUUGAAGGAAAUAAAGUUUUGACCAUUACAAUCAGAUGAUCUGUAUUCAUUAAUGGCGAGGUAAUUUAAAGCAUAUUGUAAAUAAUAAACCAUUCAAGAAGAAAUAAAAGGGUCAGCAACUGCAUGCAUUGCCCAGUAAUCACUAUCCCAAUGUUGUAAAAUUUGUGUGAAAUGAAUACCAAGAUAUCAAGAUACCAUUUUAUCAAGAUUGUCUCAUUACGCGGACACCUUCAAGCCCACAGUGCAAGUCACUUGCUUGAUUUCAAUAACAGCAAGAAAUAGUACACUGUACACUGUAAUACAACAAAUGGAUAAAACAUUGAACAUGUUGUCGACAUACACCAAGAUGACUCCAUUCUAGUUUAAAAAAACAAUUAAAUGUACAAUUGCUGUUUAAAUACUACUGGAAAGAGGAUUAUUUUGAGGUCAAGUUUUUUGAUGAGAUUGUUUGUACACAACCACAACUAAUGACACAUGUAGUAUGAUGUUUAAAGGCAUGCACAAAAUUCCAGUCAAUACCACAUUUACAUUAGCAAAAAAUUGUACCAAUCAGGCAUGCAACUGCCCGUUGAAAAAAAAAAGAGGAAAA